ACUACUAGCAAGCCUGCACGGGUGGCCCGACAUGAACCAAUCCCACCUCGUCUCCUCCUCGACUUUCCCCUGCAUCCCCCCAACCCACAAUUCCUUCUCAGGGGACACCGCUAUGGCCACAGCAGCUCUCCUCUUAUCUACUCUUCCCCCGGCACAACGCCACGGCCUCCUCCAGUACCACCACUCUACCCGCCCCCGCUGCCGCCUUCUCCCCGCCUCUCCACUGCUGGGGAGGCAGCGCCGUCGCUUGCCCAGCCCCAUCCGCGCGAUCCAAGAGACCGAAGAGAAAGCCAAGGCCUCGUCCUCUGCCGACGAGAUCACCGAGAAGUACGGGCUGGAGUUUGGCCUCUGGAAGAUAUUUAGCUCCAAGGAGGGCGGCGACGGAGCGGAGGGGGAAGGCAAAGAGAAGUCCAAAGCUGAUCAGGCCAAGGAACUGCUGGCCAAGUACGGAGGAGCUUACUUGGCCACCUCAAUCACCCUCUCCUUGAUCUCCUUCUCUCUCUGCUACCUCCUCAUCGGUGCCGGAAUCGAUGUACAGGCGCUGCUCAACAAGAUUGGCAUUGCGACCGAUGAGACUGGGGGCAAGGUCGGCACCUUUGCGCUGGCAUAUGCUGCACACAAGGCAGCAUCUCCGAUCAGGUUCCCGCCGACGGUCGCCCUCACCCCGAUCGUCGCCGGUUGGAUCGGGAAGAAGACCAACAAGUGACCGGAUCUGCGAGCAGACCCUUCCACCUUAUGCUUCUUCACUCUCUGUUGACUUGCCACUUCAAAAUUGUCCAUCCCAUUCCAUUCAUCAGAGUUUUGUGAACUGGGUGGGUGGCUGUAGAUUUGUCAGUCAUGUAGUAGCUACUAUUAUACACGAAUGAAACACUGGCUUGCUGGAAAACUAGAA